CAGACAGGUGAAGACAUCAACAAAAAAACACACUCUGGUCUCGUUAUUCAGGUUAAACCAGAUGUGUUAGCAAGUCAACGACGCUUAAAUCGCGCGCCGCUGGCAAGAACAAUUACAUUACUGAGAUUUUUCACACAUUGAAUCAUGAGUAUUUAAGCAGAAAACUGAAGCUGCUUUUCCAGUGUUUAAGGAACUACAUCACAUCUCGGUGACAGAAUGGCUGAACCUGCUGAAUUGCUGCUCAUCAGGGACCAGUAUGAGUCUGCGUUUAAUUCCCUGAGUCGUGGAUUGGCCGCUGAACAGGCAGACAACAGAGCAGAUGCCCUGGUGUUUUACAGAAAAGGCCGAAUGCACCUCACACAGGGGGUGGAUGUUCCCACCGGCGGGGAAAGGCAGCAGGGAGUGGUGUGGGACACAGCCCGGCAGCUCCAGCAAAGGAUGAGGGACACUUUGAGGACUGUCGAUGCCCAUCUUUCUGCCCUGGAAAACUCUCAGCUGACAACAGGAGCCCAGAGGGGCUUACUGUUGAAGGAUCUUCCUCCUAAUCUUUAUCCAGACUUGGCACCCAACAGUCAGCCCCCCAAUAGCUCUACCCACCAUCUGUACCCCACCAUACCUGCCACCACCCAGAACUUAACCCCAACCCCCAAUACGCCCCCUCCCAGACCUCCCUCCCCUGCUGUUCAACACACACACUCACUCCCUGCAGCGGCUCCAGGAUCUACAGCCAUGGAUAACCCAGGGGACCAGCCUCCGGUGUACACGCCGCAGCCCACAAAUGGGCACCGCAGCCUGUCUUAUAGCCCUAACAGAGGCACCCUCGGGUCAGGAAACCAGACUGGAGGAGAUGGACAAGAGCUGCUUUCCAUCCCCUCAGGGGUGCAGCUGUUUUUUGUUGCACCCAAUGGACAGGUCAGCUCGCUCUCUUCUCCAGGCUACCUUCGCAUCAUCACAUUUGACAGCCAGCAAGGGAAUUCCACUGAUGGGAGCUCCACAGCAUUUUUACAUGUGUGCGACUGCCUCUAUCCGCUGACUGCAGACACUCCAGUGCUGCUGGCCAAUUCUGGGAUCUUCAUGUUCCCUGACACCUUGGCAGAGACUCCAGGCUCCUUUGUGGGUUUAGUGUUGUCCUCUGAACUGCCUGCCGCUGACCGAGAGGUCUUUCAAGAUGUCCUGUCGCAGCUUACUGAGCUUAGGAUCCAGGAUCCAGAUGGGAUGGGGUCAGAAGUCGUCAACUUAAGUACGAAAGUCCCUCUUAGUUCCCUUGAAGAGAAAACGGGAUUGGCAGUACAAGCAGCAGAGAAGGACAAACCCCUACUUCCUGGAUGGAGUGAGAAGAUGGCCCAAGGCAUUGCAUCAGGAAGUACAUGGUUGAGUCAGUCUUUUGCAAAAGGAGCAGAGGCCACUGGCAAGGCCAUCCAGAAAGGAGCAGCCAAGAUUCGGGAUCACCUCACACCUGAGGACACUCCUUCAGAGGUCAGCCCUCAUGUCAGCAGAGGUCUGAAUGUGGCCAAACAGGCCACCGGGGGUGCUGUCCGAGUCAGCAAGUUUUUGGUGAAUGGAGUGAGUACAGUGGCAACACAGGUGGCAGAUAAGGUGGUGCCCCAUGUGAAGAAACAUGGUGCAAAGCUGGUCCCAGAGUCUUUGAAAAAACACGAAGAGGGCCGCGCAUCCAACUUGGAUGGAGCCAAGUUUGUAGCAUCCAGCGGUGUACAUGGUUUCUCUACUGUUUGGUCGAGUCUGGAGACAGGAGCAAAGCUUGUUUGCAAAAGUGUUGGAACAGAGACCGUCACAACAGUGAAAUACAAAUUUAGGGGCUUAGAGAAUCUUUUAAACAUGUCCCGCAACAUAUGACUGCACGGGGGAGUAAAGGCAAAGUCUGGUGAACUAACAGUGCUGCUCAACCUUUUGAUGCUCACUAACACUAAAUAAGACAAACGUAAUGCAGCAACAAACAUGCAAGUGUCUUCAUUAAGCAGAGUUGUUUAUUCAUGUAUGUCACACUUAUAUAGUAUGCAUUUCGCAUUCUUUUUUGACUCUGACCUUGUCUAGACAGGCUGCAUAGUGGCUCAUGUUUAAUCUGUGCUAUACAUUCAAUAAUGCACCUUGAAGUAUAUUUUUACACUUUAAGUUUAUUUUCCUUUCUACCUAAAGUAAUUGUGUAUUGGGCUCUGAGUGAUUUGAAAACAAUCGUGACCUACACUCAUUGCUGUGCCUGAACGCCUCCUGUGUAGACACAGAUUGCCUGAGUUGCUGCUUUGCUAACAUACUGCUUGAGCUACGAGUUUUUUGUAAAAGCUGUAAGCUUGUGGUAUGUCUUUCUGGGUCUGUCCAUGUUAAUUGCAGCUGACUGUUGGCUCCUCUUGGGUGGUGAUUCUCUUGCUGUAGCUUUGUAGGCUGUUUUUCGUAGAUUAUUACUAAUAAACUGCUACAAAGUGA